AUGUCGUCCCCUGAUCCCUGCUACGUUGUUUCUGAUUCGAGCAUGGGCGACAGCGAGGAGCGGACCGGCAUCGUAGCAUCGGACGAAGCAGACACAGGAGACCGGGCAGACAACAAUGCCGUUGUGAACUCUCGUAUCCUCCUACAGGUCACGUUGGAGGUCCUGAUGCGGGUGCAUCUGGCAGUAGCGGUGGCCGCCAUGCCCGAGCAGGCGGCCGACACGCUGCUCCGUCUUCGUGUGCUGUCUUCUGAGAGGCGAGCAUUGGCACUGUCGACCUAA